AGUCCCUAGCUACACGUCAGCUGAUGGAGCCAGUCGGCGCUCGUCUCCUCCAGCAGGUCUUGGCGCUAUUACUCCCGUUUUGGACCCUAAAUAUCACCCACACGAGGCCCUCGUGCCCCGCCAGGUGACCCCACGGUACUGACCCGCUCUCAGGGGGGCGUUUGACCCAGGUUCCGGAUAUGAAGCAGCAUGGUUGAGGGAUCCGCCUUGGAGUUGGCAGACACCGAGGGGGCUAUGGCUCCCUCGGAGACGAGCGAAGAGGUCGUGCUUCAAGUUCCGCCAGUGGCCCCGAGACCCACUAUCUGCUAUGGCCGUAUACUUCUGGGCGAGAUUACUCCACUCCUCGCCGCCAUGAAACGCUCAACACCACGUUGGUCUUCUCACCAACAGGUUGGUGCAGUGGACAUAGAACGUGACCCACUGGUUGUGAAACUGAAAGAGCUAAGGACUGCCGUCACGGCCCUGGGGCCAGACGAUACUAUGGACCCAAGCACAUUCCUGGACCCAUUUCUGGCCAUAAUUCGCUCCGAGGAUACCACAGGACCAGUCACGAAAAGUGCUCUUGCUGCCGUUAACAGAAUGCUGAACUAUGGCCUCAUCACGGAGGAGUGUAACAGUUCCGUCAGUGCCGUAGAGGCAGUGGCAGCAGCUGUCACGCAUGCACGCUUUGUUGGCACUGAUCAGGGGGCCGAUGAGGUUGUCCUGUGGGAAAUACUCACUGUUUUACGAACACUCAUGUUGGGCCCGGUUGGACAUCUUCUCACAAAUGAGUCUGUCUGUGAGAUUCUGAAUUCCUCGUUUCGGAUUUGUUUUGAGACUCGUCUGAGCGAGUUAUUGAGGAACUGCACUGAGGAUGCUCUGCGGCACAUGGUCCAGCUGCUCUUUGCUCGCCUUCCGCAGUUUAAGGACGAUCCAAGGGCCCAAGGACAGGCCAAGAGACUGAAGAUGCGUGCAGGAGGUGAGAGCAAAGUACGCAGGAAGGGCAAGUCGCCACGACCAACACCUUCCUCAACACCUCCCCCCGAGUCUCUCACAAUAGCGGAGGUAUCGGAAGAGGUAAGGAAUGAAGAAACUGUGCCUUGUGUAGAUAACAGAGAGGCGCCAUCACCACUAGCUGCAGUGUCACCAUCUGAAUCAGAACUAGAGUCUCUGAGUAGUGCCAUCGUAGGCGACAACCCCAUCGGGGACACUGCUUCUGUUGACUCAGGCAUCAUGGAAUCCAUUUCCCCAGUUGAGAACAAAAUUGAUAUAUCCAAUGCACAUUUAGCACCAGAUAAUUGCAGCUCGAUGGAAAAUCUUGCAAGUCCAGUAAGCGAACCCGAUGGUGUUCGAAUCUCCAAGACUUGCGAUGUUGAUCAGAUUGAGGCAAUAUCCAGAGAGCGAUCGGAAACUAACACAUCGCAGUCUUCCGCAGAGGUAGUAAAUCACGGCGACUUGGAAUCGGAGCCAUCAGAAGCCAUCUCUCGACCCGAUGACAUGCUUCAGGUUGAGAAAGAAGACUUUAUAAAUGCUCAAGGGGUCAAGUUCACUCAGGAGGGAGUGAGCAUUGAAGGGGGGGCAUUAGUGCCAUAUGGAAUGCCCUGCGUUAGAGAGGUGUUCCGUUUUCUGAUAUCCCUAACUUCCCCGACUAAUGAACAAAACACCCCUUCCAUGAUACUUACGGCACUUAACCUCCUGACUGUUGGUCUGGAGGUUGGAUCUCACCACAUUAAUCAAACCCCUUCACUAAUGAGUCUCCUGAAGGAUCAGCUUUGCAGGAACCUAUUCAUGCUGCUUAAACCCGAUCACAGGUUGAGCAUCUUUAUGGCCUCCCUGCGCAUAUGUACAUUGUUUUGUGAAUCCCUGCGUACCCACUUCAAGUUUCAGAUUGAGAUGUUUUUGAAUAAACUGACUGAAAUUAUUACAUCCGAGACAGCAACCGUCACGUACGCUCACAAGGAGUUAGCUUUGGAGACUAUUGUCCAGUUGUGGCGAAUUCCUGGAUUUAUCACAGAGUUGUUCCUCAACUAUGACUGUGACCUGUAUGCGUCCAACUUAUUUGAAGACCUUACUAAGGUACUCUCCAAGAAUGCAUUCCCUGUUCAAGGUCUCUACUCAACAAAUUUGCUGUCUUUAGAGGCACUCUUUACAGUGAUAGAGACAAUCGAUGAACACGGCACAGACCGAGACGGCAAGUCUUGCGAUGUACAAGAUCCCAAACAGAUACCUCUGGUGGUGGCUCCAGUGUCUUCGGGAUACCUAUUGGGGCUGGGUCUUAGCGGUGGGUUCUCGCCAGUCACGCCAAGGCUCAAGGCCCGCACUGUCCUGAUGGAUGAUCGAACUGUGUCACGAGAACACCUUGUAGCCCUGAAGGAACAGAAGAAACUUCUGGCAGCGGGAACCGAUCAAUUCAACGUCAAACCGGACAAAGGCAUUAAGUUUUUGCAAGACAAUGGUAUCAUUGGUAAGACCAAUGAUGACAUCGCUGUAUUUCUUCGAGAAAAUCCUCAACUGUGUAAGAAAAUGAUUGGCGAGUACGUGAGCAAGAAAAAGAAUGUCGACAUACUCUCGGCUUUUGUCGUGUCCUUUGAAUUUCGUGGACUGCGUGUGGAUGAGGCCUUGCGGAUGUUCCUGGAGAGUUUCCGGCUUCCGGGAGAAGCUCCGCUAAUUUCUAUCAUCAUUGAGCAUUUUUCCUCUCACUGGCACACUAGCAACAACGAGCCGUUUGGGAAGGAAGAUGCGGCUUUUACUCUGGCUUAUGCCAUCAUCAUGCUGAACGUUGACCAACACAAUCAGAACGCAAAGAAGCAGAACAUACCCAUGACUCUGGACCAGUUCCGGAACAAUUUGCGGGGCGUUAAUGAUGGCAAAGACUUUGAUCCGGAGAUGCUGGAAGAAAUAUACAAUGCAAUUCGUGUGGAUGAAAUUGUCAUGCCAUCUGAACACACCGGCUUGGUAAAGGAGAACUACAUGUGGAAAAUGCUGUUGAAGAGAGGUGUCACCAAGGAGGGGGAGUACCUCUUGGCAAAUAGCAACAUUGCCUUUGACCGGGAUUUGUUUGCCAUCUGCUGGGGUCCGACAAUUGCUUCACUCUCGUAUGUGUUUGACAAAUCCUCUGACGAUGCCAUAAUUCAAAGAGCUGUGUCGGGCUUCAGGAAAUGUGCAUCAAUUUCUGCACGAUAUGGUAUGAGCGAUGUCUUUGAUAACUUAGUGGUUUCACUCUGCAAAUUUACCACUCUGACAGCCUCCUCUGUUGAAGCACCUGAGCAUGUUACCGUAUCAUUUGGGUCCAAUAAAAAGGCUCAGCUUGCCGCCAGGACGGUGUUUAGACUCGUCACUUCACACGGCGACAUUUUGAGAGACGGCUGGAAGAAUAUCUUGGAUCUCCUCCUGCAACUCUUCCGUUGUCGUCUUCUUCCGUCCUCUCUAGUCGAGAGUGAGGACUUUGUUGAGACGAGCGGCCGUGUGAGCUUAAUGCGCGAGACCCCAGCUGCUGUUCCAAGAGUAGAAUCUGGGCUCCUGUCAUCACUGUAUUCAUACAUCUCGCUUGGGGAUGGUGGCACUGCCCGAGGGACCAACCCCGAAGAUGUAGAGUUUUCCCAGAGAGCAAGAACCUGCAUUUUAGAGUGUCAUCCCGAGAAGCUCAUUACAGAAUCGGCAUUCCUUCGUUGCGAUUCAUUAAAUGAACUUUUGAAAGCAAUGAUGGGUGCUGGAGAUGCUAGCACUCUUGGCGAAGCAGGAAUUGGCUCUCGAGGAAGUUUACUUGAAGGAGGGAAUGCAGGGGGACUAGAUGAACAUAGUCAAGCCUUCCUACUUGAAUUAGUCGUGCAAGUCUUGGUAGCCAACAAAGACCGAGCAUUUGGUGUUUGGCCAGGUGUACGAAACCACAUUUAUUCUUUAUUGAUGGGAGCAGCUGCCGCCGAUCGUCAGUUUCUCUUGGAGCGGUGUGUUGUAGCCAUGUUGCGGCUCGCCAAAGUUCUCCUGCGACGACCCAACCUAGCCAACCCAAUUCUGCAAGCCCUCCGCAUGCUGCUGCUGCUUCGUCCCACAGUGUUGCUGCGAAUAUCGUUACAAGUUGUCUGUGGUCUGCGUGAGGUUUUGAGUGUCAAUACGGAUCAUAUUCAAGACUCCAGUGAUUGGGCUGUGUUGUUUAAUCUCCUGGAGUGCACUGGGGCUGGGGCCAAACCUCCCCCGAUGGUCAACUCGGAACAUGCCGAUGUCGCCAGCAACGCAGGUUCUGUUUCGGACAGUGAUGUUGGCAGCACCUCUGGCAUGGACUCUGGCCAUUGCACGGAAGGAGCAGCCAGUGAUACCGCAGAUCCGACCUCGAAUCCACCUGCAGCGCCUGAUCAUCCCGAUGGGGCCAGAUCGACCCAGCGGUCCCGAGCGGCCAGUCCCGACCCCCUCCACAACACCGGAGGCUGGAUACUGGUUGGUCGUGAAGGCGAGAUUGAGCCUGUGGCCGUGCGCGCUGUAGCGGUAAACGAGUGGGACAUAGUGCAUCAGCGGGAGCUGGGCGAGCACCGUCCCGAAGCUCUCGUCCAGGCCGUUGAUACGCUGGCGUUCCUGGUCCGCGACAGACGAAUUACUCACUCGAGUCUGCCGUGUGCCGUGCAGGCGUGUCGCACCUUCGUUGAAGCUACGCUGAAUGGAGGCAGGACAGAAAAGCGAGUUUCAAUUAAGGAGAGUGUCCGGUCACCUUUGCGGAGAAAAGCAGUGGGACGACGAAAGGAAGAAAAGUCGAGCUCGCGCAGACCUAAAUCCCCCAGCACAGGACCAAAUGCAUAUGAUGCAGAUGAAUCGGACUCUGACGACGUGCCGAUGACAUACCAGCAGGUGUCGGAGAAGCUUCUGGACCUGAUGGACACACUGCACACCGCAUCCAGUCACAUUGUGGGAUUGGGGGAACAGCCGCUGCCGCAGGUCUCGACACCGUCACUCUGGCCCCAGGCACUCUGUCCUCUGCUCCAGGGCAUCGCCCGCUACUGCUGCGACUCUCGCACCACUGUCCGCAACAUGGCGAUGACGUACCUGCAGCGGGCCCUACUGAACCACGACUUGCAAGCCCUGAGUGCUAGCGAGUGGGAGUCAUGCUUCAACAAGGUGCUCUUCCCGUUGCUAGCCAAGCUGCUGCAGCCCCUUCCCGGCUCCAGCCCCGCCUCCCUGGAGGAGACGCGAGUCAGAGCCGCCACGCUGGUGCAGAAGGUUUACCUGCGGCACUUGACGCCUCUCCUGACGCUGCCCACCUUCACAGCUCUCUGGUUGACUAUCCUGGACUUCAUGGACAGAUACCUAAACACCCAUCGUUCGGAUCAUUUGGUGAGCGAGGUCACCAGCGAUGCCAUUCCCGAGAUCUUAAAGAACAUGCUGCUGGUGAUGGAGACGACUCAGGUCUUUCAUACGGCAGAUGGCUUCACCCGGCUCUGGACCAUUACUUGGGAUCGUAUUGACGCCUUCCUGCCAGACUUCCGGCACAACCUCUUCCGCAGCCACCCACCGUCCGAGAUCCACAAGAUAGAGGUCGUACCAUCAGAGUGCUCGACAAAGUCCCCGUUAUCUCAGCCGACGAUCCCAGAUGACACAGGGGUAACUCACAUUGUGCAGAGUGCCUCAUCAGUACCAGGAACCCCACAGGAAUUGUGGCCACCGGCAGCUACUAAUACAGCUCCUACCAGUCCUACCUCGGAAAUGGAGGCUUUCGUACCUCCCACACUGAGGGAGCAAGAGGCUGCCAGGCUUUCACUCAGCCAAGAGAGUCUUCCCACCAGCUACAGUAAUGGGAUCAUCCUCCAGCCGCCUCUUCCGACCCUCGUGCCAGCGGCGACGCCAGGUUCACUCCCACUCUCAUCCCCCCCUCUCCCCUCUGGGGUGACAGCACUCAUCACCCCAGCUUCUCAGAUGCUGUCAACGACACGUCUGACCAGCGGGAGUUUGGUCACUAGCCUAUUACCCAGCACCAUGCCGCACCUCACCCCCUCCCCUCCUGCCGUCUCUCACUUGACCUACUGCGCUCGUCCUCCCACUCCUUAUUCACACGUAAUGUUUCAUGUGGAGCCACCCACACCACCCACAUCUCACCCUCUGUCUCGGAGCGAACACUCGAAGAGUAUUGGGAGUGGUCCAGAUUCUUCGGUGUCGGUUACACCGUCGCAUGUUGACUCCUCAACCUCUCUCGAUUUUGACGCACGAUUGCCUCCCUCACACUCCUGCACCGGCUCACCUGGUCAGUACACACACGUGCCCCCAACUGUGUCUGCUGUGGUGAUACCGACAACUACAUUUCAACCAGACACUUCCAUCCAUCUACCUGAUAAUGAACCCGUGUUCUCCUCUCCUCAGAGUCAUAAUGCAAUAUUCGCCUCUCCUCAAACUUACGCUUCCCCAGUUCACUCUGUGAGCAGUGAUGAUCCUCUUCUGUACGUAUCCGCAAAUAAUGAUAGUCACUUUUUCUCUCCAAAUACUACAGCAGCCAGCCAGUCGUCAAAUUUCAUGAAUUCGUCUUUUCAUCCUCCGCUUUCCACAUAUGGCAUUCCUCUUGGUAGCACUGAUGCUGAAAAUGCAUGCAUGCUUGCGGGCUCUCCCUUAGUCAUCACUUCCCUUGCCUCCACUAGUGCUUCAGUUUCUCCCUCGAGUCACUUCAUCCCAACUGCCUCUUCCGUUCCAGUUUUAUUUAAUUCCACACCUGCAAGUAAUCAAGCGGCUUGCUCUUUUGCUGCCAGCUAUCCACCAAGCCACACAGAAAAUGCUUUGUUUACUCAUAAUGCCUCCAGUUCUUUAUCUUUUAACAUUUCUUCCAUGAGCAACUCCCCUUCAUUAGCUAUCACCAGUGCAUCGCCAUCCCUAGCCUAUACCAGUGCAUCGCCAACCUCGGGCUAUGCCAACACUUCGUCAACCCUAGGCUUCACCAAUGUGUCGCCAACUCCAGGCUAUGCCAGUGUGUCGUCAACCCCAAGCUAUGUCAACCUGCUCCCAACCCCAGACUAUACCAACACAUCACCAACCCCAGGCUACACCAAUGCAUCACCAAUGCCAGGCUAUGCCAACACAUCAUCAACACCAGGCUGUGCCGAUGCGUCACCAACCCCAGGCUAUGCCAACACGUUGCCAACCCCAACCUACACCAGUGUGUCACCAAUCGCAGGCUAUGACAACACUUCAUUAGUCGCAGGCUUCGUCAGGACGACGCCUGCUCCAGAAUUCACCACCACCACCACCUCAUCCCCAAGCUCUAUUUUCCCACUUUCUGUUCCUUCUUUCCUCAACCCAUUUUCUACGGAGGUUGACGUUGAAUCAGACACUCGAGCCAUAAGUGGAGAAACGCCUGCAACAAACGAGACUUUGCCUGACCAACCCUCUUGCCAUGGUCCCAGCUCUUGUGUGGCACAGGAUUCCCCUCUAUUGUACCGUCCAGCAUCACUACUCUUCAACCAGCCAAGUGAAAGUCAACCUCUACUAGCGGAUACUGCAGCUUCCCUGGAACCUCCGGCAGAUGCGAACGAAGCCGACAGUACGAGAGAGGCCGGAGGAGACCGACAGUGCAAGCCGCCGACAGUUCUUCCUCUUCUGUUGGCUAACUCGGUCCUCCACCCACCUCCACUUACGCUCCUGCCUCUUGGCACUCAAGUGAGAGACGAAGGGAAGGAGUAAGUCGGCGUGCAUUCAACAUUCCUGUCCAAGAUUUGCGAGCAAAUGCACCAGUUCUUGUGCACCGAUUACACUUUUGUAGGUAAUAACCGGCUGCGGCACCGAGUCGGCGUAGUCCUCGGGCCCGGGAGAAGCUCGAGCUUGCAUCAGGGAUACUGUUGAAGAGAUGUGCGCGUGAAGAAUUUUUUAAAACAUUGUUUUUUUGUAUUUGCGAUCAUGACAGUGUUCAAUGCUUCUCUGAGAAGUGUAUUCCUGCAUGAGUUUAAUCAUGUUAAUUUAAUGGUGGAUGCGUUUAUGUUCAAAUUUUUAAACAUGUUAAGUGCAGUAUUUAUCAGCCUUACUUAGAUGUAUUAUACACUUUUUGUUUUUAAUAGGCCUUAUAAUGCAUAUAUUUCAUAUAGCUGUGUUUUAUGUUGAUGUUGUUCAUAUCUGUGUUUUAAGGUUAAAAAGAGUAGUAUUAGUUUUCUUGAGAAUUAGUUUUAUUUUUACUUGCUCUUCUUCCUCUCAUAGUGCACGAGGUCACGUAUAAUGCAGGCACCUCUUGUCCUGUACGAGGUCACGUAUAAUGCAGGCACCUCUUGUCGUGCACGAGGUCGCGUGUAAUGCAGGCACCUCUUGUCCUGCACGAGGUCGCGUGUAAUGCAGGCACCUCUUGUCGUGCACGAGGUCACGUAUAAUGCAGGCACCUCUUGUCCUGCACGAGGUCACGUAUAAUGCAGGCACCUCUUGUCGUGCACGAGGUCGCGUGUAAUGCAGGCACCUCUUGUCGUGCACGAGGUCACGUAUAAUGCAGGCACCUCUUGUCGUGCACGAGGUCACGUAUAAUGCAGGCACCUCUUGUCGUGCAUGAGGUCACGUAUAAUGCAGGCACCUCUUGUCGUGCACGAGGUCGCAUAUAAUGCAGGCACCUCGUGUCGUGCACGAGGUCACGUAUAAUGCAGGCACCUCUUGUCGUGCACGAGGUCACGUAUAAUGCAGGCACCUCUUGUCGUGCACGAGGUCACGUAUAAUGCAGGCACCUCUUGUCGUGCACGAGGUCGCGUAUAAUGCAGGCACCUCUUGUCGUGCACGAGGUCGCGUAUAAUGCAGGCACCUCUUGUCGUGCACGAGGUCACGUAUAAUGCUGGCACCUCUUGUCGUGCACGAGGUCACUUAUAAUGCAGGCACCUCUUGUCGUGCACGAGGUCACGUAUAAUGCAGGCACCUCUUGUCGUGCACGAGGUCGCGUAUAAUGCAGGCACCUCUUGUCGUGCACGAGGUCACGUAUAAUGCAGGCACCUCUUGUCGUGCACGAGGUCGCGUAUAAUGCAGGCACCUCUUGUCGUGCACGAGGUCACGUAUAAUGCUGGCACCUCUUGUCGUGCACGAGGAGAUAAGGUGUAUUAAUCAAGCACCUCGUGUCUUGCACGAGGAAACGUAUAAUACAGGUACAGUAACUCUUGAUUACCCAAAUUACUCUUGUCUGCCGGGUAUCACUACACAUCAGUAGAGCACACUCGUAAUAUACACACCCUAAGGCUUAAUAUAAAUACUAUCAAAUCUGCUGCUUUUUCCAACAAACAUUUUUCAAAUCCCAGUGUAAUGUACAGUCCCCAAAUGUAAAGUCAAAUGGAGAAUGGGAAUGAUGGAGAGUUUACCGUGUAGUUAAGGAAGGCUCGCAAAUAAUUCUCUUGAGGAAUUAUUUAGGCCAUAAACUGUUUUCUGUGCCACAGAGCACUCUUAAAAUAUAAAUAUAUAUAUAUAUAUAAAGAGAUUUAGAUUCAUGGCUGUUAGUGCUGACCAACAUUGGUUAGAUGUGCGUGUGUGUAAAUAAGAAAGGUUAUAUUAACUGUGUAGUGCAUAUAUUUAUAUAUAAUUAAUACGAGCAUCGUUAGUGUUGUGUAACUGUCGUGAACUAUUGGGUCAUCUGUCAACCAUAUACCUACUCUGGUGUUGGGGGGGGCUGGUGAGACACCCCUUCUGGCAUUGGGAGGGAUUCCCACCUGUGGUGUUGGCAGGACCAUCGUCUCUGGCAUUGGUGGGGCCCCCUAAUAUCGCGGCAGGAUCAUCCCCCUGGCCUCGAUGAGGUCCCGUAGUAUCGGCGGUAUCAUCCCCCCGGCCUCGAUGAGGUAAAUGGUUGGUGGAUAGAAUCUUUAAUAGUGCAUGAUAGUUUGUGAUGGUCAUGUGUUCAUGGACAGGGGAGGGGAGGGGGGGGGUUAGCUAAUCAUACUGAUGUCACAACUUUGAAGGGAAAUACUGCAACUCGGCACAGUGUGCAAUGUAACAAGUUUAGUGCAUGUUGCUUUUCAGCGUUGCAACGUUGGAACAAAAUAUCGUUCAAAUGUACCUGUGUGUGUGUGUGUGUGUGUGUGCUGAUGAAAUGGUACGUCAUUGUUGCAGAAAUAUUGCAGUGAUAUAGCGAGUAUUGGUGAAGCAUUGAAACAUGCAGUAGUUACCAAGAUAUAUUGGUGAAACAUUGGAAUAUCAUUUUGCAGAAUUCUUACUAAAAAUGUUGCACUAGUGCCACUAUGUAAUGGAGAUUCAUUGCUAUAUCGGCAUAGUAUUUUGCACGUAACAAUGUAUAUUCAUUUUAACACAGGCACACAAACUUCUGUGGAGUUGCGUUACAAUAUGCCACAGGUUUGAUAUUGUGCAGGUUUGCUUUACAAACCUGCUGUCGUGUAGUGUGUUUACCUCUUGUUGCCCUCAGGUGUGCGUGCGCAUCAUAUGUUGCCUCAUGUACAUGGCCGCACUUAACAAUGCACUUGUUGUGGGAACAAAGUGGAAUUUGAAGUAUGGUAUUUAAACUCAUGCAAUCAAGUGGAAAUAUUAACUAAAGGGGCAGGGAGGGUCAGGUCAGGAAAUAAAAACUAGUUAACAUU